GUGUGUGUGUGUCCUUUAUUGCUAGAAAGAAGAAUAAUUAAUUUUCCGAUAAGAUGUUGGGUGUGUUCAGCAGCUCCGUUAUGUCUCCGCCGGACGAGCUCGUGGCCGCCGGGAGCCGAACUCCGUCUCCAAAGAUGACGGCGGCGGCUCUGGUGAAUCGGUUCGUUGAGAGCAACGCGUCUGCAGUGUCAGUGCAGAUUGGAGAGCAUGUCCAGCUGGCUUACACUCACCACAGCGAGUCUCCGUGGCAACCCAGAUCGUUUGCUGUGAAGGAUGAGGUGUUCUGCUUAUUUCAGGGAGCACUUGACAAUUUGGGCAGCUUGAGACAACAGUAUGGACUGGCCAAGUCUGCCAAUGAAGUACUUUUGGUGAUUGAGGCUUACAAAGCUUUACGUGACCGAGCACCUUACCCUGCCAAUCACGUCGUUGGCCAUCUCAGUGGCAAUUUUGCUUUCAUAGUUUUUGACAAAUCCACUUCUACCCUCUUUGUUGCCUCUGAUCAAUUUGGUAAGGUACCUCUAUACUGGGGAAUAACUGCUGAUGGAUAUGUAGCAUUUGCUGAUGAUGCAGAAUUGCUUAAAGGUGCUUGUGGCAAGUCACUUGCUUCUUUCCCUCAAGGAUGUUUCUACUCCACAGCUGUAGGAGGAUUGAUGUGCUAUGAGAAUCCCAAAAAUAAGAUUACUGCAGUACCUGCUAAUGAGGAGGAAAUCUGGGGUGCAACCUUCAAGGUGGAAGGUCCAGCAGUUCUUGCAGCCAGAGAGUAAAUCUUCCCAUGGGCUAUGAUGUGUUAACGGAGCAAUGGGGUUUAUGUGGAUGUGACCCCAAGGCAUGCAUGAGGGGCCAUCAUGUAAUUAAAUAGCUUGAUGAUGAUAACUUGAGUGGAUCAAAGUAGUAGGGGUGUAACCUUGUUCAUUAGAUAGAGAAUUUACUGUUUCUAUCAAUGUACAGUUACGCUUUUCAAUCCAAUAAGUCUGGUUUUCGAUAUUCUCCCGUCAUUUUAUGUUUAAUUUAAGAGAGUUAUUAAUCUUAUGUUGCAUAAGAUAUG